CAACUUCUUUAUAAUGCAACAGACACAGAUGAUUUUAUUUACACUCAAUGCCGAAAAUGUUGGGGUUGACACAAAGAUCUCGUUGUUUUUACAAAAUUAUAGCAAAACAGCAAUUUAUUAAUAAUAUAAAUACUAAAUUUAAUUAUAGUCAAUUGCAAUUUACAAGCAAGGUCGCUGAGAAGCCAAUUACAACUUCUUUCUCAAGCACAACAGAAGAAGUUGUAAUUGAGGCUCAAACUAUUCAGCUACUGGAGCGACUUGCUUUAGUUGAUUUAGACAGCAAAGAAGCACUUACAACCCUAACAAGUAGCAUUCAAUUUGCGGAAAAAAUUACAAAUAUUAAUACACACGGAGUGGCUCCGCUUUAUACGGUUCUGGAAGAACAGUGUUUGGCAUUGCGAGAAGACACUGCAACAGAAGGAAAUCGAGAAGAAAUACUUCAAAACGCAAAAGUCACGGAGGAAGACUAUUUUGUCUCGCCACCUGGCAAUAUACCAUUGGAGCAAGACGAUAACAAUUACGCGAGUAUAUUAGAUAUUAAAAAAAGCUUUUAAAUUGACAUUUUAGCAUGAA